ACACCAUAAAGAAUAUGCUGACAGUCAAAUUAUGAAGGGACCCCACGCGAGUCCAUCAGGUACAUCCACGCAGCAGCCAGAGGCUAACGUUACACGGCUUAAACAAACAACUCUAAUGAAGGAGGUAUUCGAGAAGGGAACUCCAUAUGACAGAACAAGUAAGCGCUGGAAAGAUGUAACUGAUGCAGUGACAUUUUACCUGGCCAAGGAUAUGAUCCCCAUAAAUACUGUGGAAAACAAGGGCUUCAAAAGACUGCUCAAAGUUGUAGAUCCGCGUUACGAGAUUCCCAGCCGCAAAUAUUUUUCUGCCACGGCCAUUCCACGGCUGUAUUCCGAAUGCCGCAACAAGAUGGAACACAAAGUUAAAAAUGCAUUUUUUUUUUUGCCACAACAGCUGGUUUAUGGUCUAGCCGCACUUCAGAACCAUAUUUAAGUCUGACAAUUCAUUUCAUUGAUGAUUGGAAGUUGUGCAGUGCGUGUCUAGAAACAACAUACUUCCCACAAGACCACACUGGAGAGCUCAUAGCACAAGGCCUAAAGGAAGCACUUGAAUGUUGGGGACUGAAAGAAGCAAACAUGACCUGCAUGACCACUGACAGUGGAGCUAACAUGGUGAGGGCCUUGGAGCUCAACAGUUGGACACGUCUGCAGUGCUUUGGGCACAGACUUCACCUAGCUAUUGAAAAAAGUGCCAAAGACCCUCGUGUUGAACGCAUGACAUCUAUCUGCAAGAAAGUCGUCAUACAUUCUCUUUCAGUUGGAAGAAAAAGAGGGAAUUAAUUAAAGCUCAAACAGAGCUGAAACUCCCUCAACAUAAACUCAUCGCUGAAUCCCCUACACGAUGGGGUUCCAGACUCAACAUGAUUGAGAGAGUGCUUGACCAGGAAAAGGCCAUUUCGCAGGUCCUGAAGGCAGACCGGAAGGCGAGGCAUUUGGUCCCAUCAUGGCAAGACAUUGACGUGAUGGAGUCUGUGAAAAAAGCACUGAGUCCACUGAAAGACUUCACUGAUGCACUCUCCGGUGAGGACUAUGUGAGUGUGUCCUACGUAAAGCCAGUGCUUUACCUGUUGAAAGUCAACAUCUUGAGCCUGAAUGAUGAGGACACUGAACUAACAAAAACAAUGAAGCAAACAAUUCUCAAUUACCUCACUGACAAAUAUCAGGAUCCCACCACUGAUGACCUGUUGGAUAUGGCUUCGCUUCUUGAUCCCAGGUUCAAAACCCAAUACAUUGCCAGCGACAAGAUAGAGGGAAUACAAGCCAGAGCUGUAUCUGAGCUGGAGUCUUUGCUGACCGCACAGUAUCAAGCAGCAUCGGUUCAACAGUGUACAUCUGCCUCCACAUCACAGAGCCCUGACGCAGAACAAACCCCACACAAGAAAGUAAAGAAAUCACUUGCCAGCUUUUUGAAAACCUCAGGUGGUGCAAGUGCAUCUGCUGCAGUUUCAGGAUCAACUUCAUUUUCUCUAAAAGAGGCAAUAGAAGGGGAACUGAAGGGAUACGUGUCCAUACCAAAUGCAGAAAGUGAGGUGAAUCCCUUGGAAUGGUGGAAAGUCCAUGAGGCAAACUUUCCAAGAGUUAGCCAACUUGCUAAAAAGUACUUGUGCAUUCCGGCCACAAGUGCUCCCUCAGAAAGAGCUUUUAGCACUGGUGGCAAUAUUGUCACAUGCCAGAGGGCAACUCUCAAGCCAGAUAAAGUCAAUCAACUGGUUUUCCUCUCUAAAAAUUUGUGAUUGGGAUCAGUCAUACUUUACGUUCUUAGGAUAUAUACUUUGUAGGAAUUUGAAAGGUUUGUUCUA